AUGACGAUGAAGGAUUCGGAAACGAUUCAUGAAUUCACUGGGAGACUACUGGAUCUUGUGUUUCGUAUGAGGUCUUGUGGGUGGAAGGCUGAAGAUAAAGAAGUGGUGAAGAAGAUUAUUUCCUCUUUGCCUGCGAGAUUUGAUAAAGUGAUGGUGGAUGUUGCGGAAACACUUUCCAUUAGCGUACUUGUCGAUUGCUUGUUAGUUCAUGAAUACAAUCAUACGAUAUCGGUUCAAGAGUGUUUGGAAGAGUCAGUCGCUGAAAGUGUUAAGGUGGAAGAAAGUUUUCAAGAAGAAGCUGAAAUAUUGUACUCUUUGAAUGAGAUCACUCAAAGCCAAGUGGCGUCCAUGAAGAGACAAGGAGAAGUGUUGUCAUUAGUGCAGCAGAAUCAAAAGAUGCUUAUGCAGUUGCAGAAACAAAUGGUGGCCUUAAUGCAACAUACACUCUAA